AUGAAACAGUCUGUGGCCAAACAUGUUGCCGAAAUUAUCGUGGCUGCUGGUACAGCAUCAAUAGCCUCCCGGCGUGCAAUCCUUCUAGAAAGUGGCUUGCGGUACAAUGAGGAGCGAUUUACCUGGGUGCUCUAUGGGCAUAAGAGUGCUCUACUUUUCAAAGCGCUCGAGCAGCCGUCGACCGAGGUGGCGCUGGUAUCCUGUGUGGUCCUUUGGUACACGGUAUCGUCUUUUGCAAUACGGCGCCGCGGCUUGGACCAGUACCAGUUGUUGUUCUUCCUCAUUGCUGGGGGGGCCGUUGCCGGGGUGGCCGUCGUUGUAGAGGCAAGCAAACAUGUCGUCCUGCUCGCUUAUGUACCGUGGGCGGCCUGCCUUGCGAUGGCGGUCAGUUCGGCGGCCCAUACACUCUGGCGGCAGAUGCUCCAACCGGAGGCGAACCAGGACAUGCUGACAGACGGCAAGUUUUUUGCACCCUGA